AUGUCGAUACCAAUGAAAGAUUUAACUUCACCAAUUGAGACGAAAGCUUAUGAAAAUCAAUCACAUACCAAAAUACGUGGAUGUUUUUACAGUCGUCGAAAAAUUGUUCAAAAUGAAUUGAAAGAAAUAUUGUCAUUUCAUCCAAAAGAAUGGAUUAGUGCAUUUCGUUUCAAUUCAUCAUAUCCCUUAUUUGUGAAAGGUGAUAUUGAUGGUUUUAUGGCAUUAUUUAUCAAUAAUUUAGCAACAUUAUUAACAGCUAUAUUGUGUUUACAACCAAUAUUAGGAAAUGAUAUUGUCUAUGGCAAAAUUGUGCCUGGAGUCGGAUUAUCUAUGUUAUGGGGUGAUAUCUAUUAUGUUUAUAUGGCUCGAAAACUUGCAUUUAAAGAAAAACGUGGUGAUGUAUGUGCUAUGCCUUAUGGUAUAAAUACUCCAGGUGCAUUUGCUUUCAUUUAUGUUAUUAUUUUACCAACCUAUUAUGGAUGUAUUUCAUCUCACGACAAAGGCUAUUGUCAAGAAUUGGCAUGGUAUGUGGCUUUAGCAAGUAAUUUCGCAACUGGUAUUAUUCUUCUUUUACUAUGUGUAUUUGGUGAAUUUAUUCGACGAAAUACACCAAGUGUUGCUUUACUUUCAUCAAUAUCUGGUCUUGGAUUUGCAUUCUUGGCACUCAAUGAAUUUUUACCAGUAGCUGAAAGACCAAUUGUAUCAUUCAUUCCAUUGGCAAUUGUAAUGCUUGGUUAUUUUGGUGGAGUUAAAUACGGUCCUUUUCCUGUGGCAUUUCUUGCGUUAGCAACAGGUACAGCUCUUGCUUGGAUUACUUCACUUAAUCAUGUUUCGGCAGUACGUGAAGCAAGUCAUCUUGUGAAAGGCUAUCAGCCAGUUUUUCCAAUCAAAGAAAUAUUUGAUCAUUUUAAUACGAUUAGUGGUUAUCUUUCAACAACCAUACCUACAGCUGUGUCAAUUGCUGUUGGAACUAUUCAAUGUGUUGAAUCAGCUAAACGAGCUGGUGAUUUUUAUCCUACACGAGAAGUUAUGUUUGCCGAUGGAAUGGGAACAUUAAUUGCUAGUUUAUUUGGAUCGAUUUUUGGCAUGACAACAUAUAUUGGUCAUCCAGCAUUCAAAAAAAUGGGUGCUAAACAAGCUUACAUAGUUCUUAAUGGUCUUGCCUUUUUACCAUUGUGUUUUCUUGGUAUUACUGCUCUCCUUAUUUCGAUUAUUGCUGUUGUAUCAAUUAAUCCUAUUGUCAUUUUUAUCGGCUUGGUUAUAUGUACUGAUACAUUGGCCAUAACUCCUAAACGUCAUUAUCCAGCAUUUCUUCUUGGUAUAAUGUCGAUUGUUGCUGAUUGGGCUCAAGGUACAAUUAUAAGUGGUGUUACUGCCGGUUAUUCUGAUUUUACGAAAUCAAAUGUCCAUUUUUCACCAAAUGUAACAAGUGCCAUUUCAAGUUUUUCUUAUCGUGGUUUAAUCAAUUUUGCUGGUGGUUCUCAAUUACAAUGUAUUUUUAUAACUGCUAUUAUGUUAUACAUGAUAGAUCGAAAAUUUAUACAUGCUUCUGUUUGGUCUUUUCUUGCCGGAAUAUUCGCUUUUUUUGGAUUGAUCAAUUCAAGUAGAGUUGGUAUUUUAGUGAAUAGUGACGAUGACGGUUGGCGAUUUACGAUUGGUUAUAUGUCAAUGGUUGCAUUAUUUGGGUUAUUAGAAUUUGCACAACGAAAAAAAUGGGUCAAACAACAAGAAACUGAACCUGAUGAUUUGUCUAGUAUUGAAUGGGCUGAAUGGAAAAGACAACAAAUAUUAGAUGAACCAUUACCAACAAUUGCUGAAGAUCAAAAAUCAACCGUAUAA